GGGGCAGGGGAGUGAUGGUCGCAAGAUGGCGGCGCUGAAGGAGGCUCGGAGCUACGGGCUGUCGUGCGGGCGCGUGAGCGACGGCAGCAGGGUGUCUGUGUUCCACGUGAAGCUCACCGAUAGCGCCCUGAGGGCCUUCGAGAGCUACCGCGCUCACCAGGAUUCAGUAUCAUUGAGGCCAUCCAUCCGAUUUGAAGGAAGCCAAGGGCAUAUCUCCAUACCGCAGCCCGACUGCCCUGAGGAGGUGCGGGCCUUUUCCUUCUACCUCUCCAACAUUGGCCGCGACAGCCCACAGGGCAGCUUUGACUGUGUCCAGCAGUAUGUCUCCAGCCAUGGGGAUGUACAUCUGGACUGCCUGGGCAGCAUCCAGGACAAGGUCACGGUGUGUGCCACUGAUGAUUCCUACCAGAAGGCACGACAGAGCAUGGCCCAGGCGGAGGAGGAGACACGGAGUCGCAGUGCCAUCGUCAUCAAGGCUGGAGGUCGCUACUUGGGCAAGAAGGUUCUGUUUCGGAAGCCAGCACCAGGGGCAAUAGAUGCUGUGCCCUCCCGAAAGCGGGCGACCCCCAUCAACCUGGCGAGUGCCAUCAGGAAGAGUGGUGGGAGUGGGACCAGCAGUGUGGCACAGAAGCCCUUCCGAGAUCGGGUGCUGCACCUCCUGGCUCUGAGGCCCUACCGGAAGGCUGAGCUGCUGCUACGGCUGCAGAAGGACGGGCUGGCACAGGCAGACAAGGAGGCCCUGGACGGCCUGCUGCAGCAGGUGGCUGAUGUGAAUUCCAAGGACAGCACAUGCACACUGAGGGCCUGCAUGUACAAGGAGGUGCAGAAAGACUGGCCCGGCUACUCAGAGGGUGACCAGCAGCUGCUGAAGCGUGUGCUCAUGAGGAAGCUGUGUCAGCCGCAGAAUGUCACCAUGGACCCAGCUGCUUCCAACCCAUCCUGUGAGCUUGGGCGCUCUGCCUCACCCUCUCAGAAACGGCCACAGUCUGCUGACUUUGUUGACCCCCUGGCCAACAAGAAGCCUCGAAUAUCACACUUCACCCAGAGAGCCCAGCCUACCCUCAAUGGCAAGCUGGGUGCCCCCAAUGGCCAAGAGACCCUGCUGCCCACUCCGGGGCCCACCAUGACAGAUACACUGAGCUCCAGCCACCUGCCCCCAAGGCUAGAGCCCUCACGGCUAGAAGCCCCACGGACCCAUGACCCCCUGGCGGAUGUCAGCAAUGACCUGGGCCACAGUGGUCAGGACUGCAGGCACCGGGAGCUGGCCCUUGCCCCACACCUUGGCCUGCCCCUGCUGACAGACUUCACACAGCCCGACCGGCCGUCUGGCUCCUCACACAGCCGGCCCAAGAAGAAGUCCAGAAAACACAAAGGCAAGGAGAGGCCACCCGAGGACAGGCCCUGUGCCCCAAAGCCUGAUCAACCUGCCACCCCUGUGCCACCCCCAGAUGCCCCAGGUCUGAACGGAGCCUGUACCAGUGUUCCUACAUCCAGUGUCCCCACGUCCACGUCAGAGACCCCAGACUACCUGCUGAAAUAUGCGGCCAUUUCCUCGUCAGAGCAGCGCCAGAGCUACAAGAACGACUUCAACUCUGAGUACAGCGAGUACCGUGACCUGCAUGCACGUAUUGAACAGAUCACACGGCGGUUCACACAGCUCGAUGCCCAGCUCCGGCAGCUGACCCAGGGUUCUGAGGAGUACGAGACAACCCGAGGGCAGAUCCUGCAGGAAUACCGCAAAAUCAAAAAGACCAACACCAACUAUAGCCGGGAGAAGCGGCGCUGCGAGUACCUGCACCGGAAGCUGGCGCACAUCAAGCGGCUCAUCGCUGAGUAUGACCAGCAGCAGCUGCAGGCUUGGCCCUAGCCGUAAGGGAUGGUGUGGACACCUGCGUGGUGCCCAGGCUCCCUCUCCAUGCAAUCGGCUUGCUUGCCUUUUCUAGUUUUAUACGAACUUUUAGCUGCACUGCAGACUGUCUAUUUUUGUACCUUUUCUACACCGUGCCUCCUCCAGCCGGCAGGCGCCUCCCACAGUGUUACAGAGGCUCCAGGGAGAGCCGCAGCUGCCCAGCACCCACACCCUCACCCACGGGCCCACCACUGGCUCUGGCUGGCACAGCAAGCUGCCAGGCCUGCUGCUGUUUCAGAUUCCCAGUUGUUGGGGUCACCAUGGUGUUCUGUGCUGUCCUCAAAGCCCUGAGCUUUAGCAGCACACAGUCCUCAGCCCCACCUGCUCUUCAUUUCACACUGCAGCCCCAAACGGCUCUGUGCUGCUGUCCUCCCCCAGGCCCUCUGUCCACUUGCGGCUCCUGGGAUACCCCUGCUGGGCUCCCACUCAGGGAGAGGUGGGGACCUGAGGAUGGCACCCUGCUUGCCCUUUCUGGGGCACAGGCUCUGUGGCCCCCUGAUUGCUGCUUUCUUACCGUGCCUCGUCUCCUCGUUCCCCCAAAUUCUGGGGACCGCUGGUGUGGGGGUGUGUGCGUGCAUGUGUGUGUACGUGUGAGUGGGGGCCAAGCUGUGCAUUCGGGGCCAAGGGAAGCCUCACUGGGGAUGUGCUGGGGGUAGCGUGCCCAGGGGUCACACGGGUCACCACCCACAGGGGAGGGCAGAAACACAAACACAGAUGUGUCUGUUUUUCUAAGCCAUGGGGGUGUCCCCUCCCAUGGUUUCCAAAGAGCCCUGCUGCCUGGCGACGCCUGCCUGGUCUAGUCCCACCCCACCUAACCCUAGCUUUCCUUCAGGACCCCUGGGGUAUGCACACACUAGAGGAAACCACCCUUUUGUUUCAAUGGCUCUCAUUUUUCUCAUUUAGGGCAGUGGGGACAGGGCCCAGCGCUGCACAAUGCACAUCCAGCACAACUGUGCUAUUUUAUGAGUGACCUGGAGUAUUGGGGGAGGUCACAGCCCAGGGUGCCCCUCCCCAACCCAAGGAACCUGGUCCAGUGCUAAAUUGACCUUUCUAGGGUUUUUUUUUUUUUUUUUUUUUUUUUUUUUUUUUUUUCUUGUCUGUCUUCCUGAGAUUUAUGAAGUUAAGGAAAGGGCCAUGCUCUGGGGCCCACGGACAGGCUCUAGCCUGUUAAAUAUGGUCUAACUUAUUGAUACUGUACCCCACCUUUUAAUGUACUGUGGAGAAAUCUAUUUUGAGCCAUGGAGUUGGUGUUUACAAGAAGUCUUCACUUUUGCCAAAACAUUACAAUUGACAGGUGUCGCCUCCUUGCGAUGUUUUCUUAAAAUCUCGUGUUCUUUUGUACACUAAGCAGGUGAACCGCUGACUUUUUCAAUCUACAAUAAAUUUCACCAAAUUGAGCCCA